GAGGGCUGGGGAGGGGAGGGGAGGGGAGGAGUGCCGAGGUGUGCCUGUCACCCCGAGCAGGGCUGGCGCUGAAGAAGCCCGCUCUGCUGUCUCCCCAGAGCCGCUCCGAGCACGCUGUCGGCGCAGACCCCCCGGCAGAGAGGACAGGUCAAAGGCAUGCCAGCUUUUCCGUGAUGCCUGGCCAGUACCACCAGCCAUGACCUGGAGGGACAGGCACAAGAGGUAGUUUGGUCUUCUUAGCGAGCUCAGCCCGGAGCUCUGCCCCUUGAGGAGAGACCUUCGGAGGUGCUGGAGGAUGAGUGGGAUAAUGCCAACUCCUGCUGCUCCCUGGUGAGCUGGGACACCAAACUCACCCUGCUUCAGAGCUGAAGCUGGACUUUACCUGGUCCUAGAAGGAAAUGCUGUCUCUCCUCUGUGGCCAUCCCUCAGCUCUCAACGUCUUCCAUUGAACAAUUGACUUUCCACUCUAGGAGGCAAGGAUCAAAUGGGUUGAGGACAACUGGCCCUUCUUGGCUUUGGCAAAGAGGAUUCUUUGGUGUAUUUUUAAGUGCCAGGACAUGAAACAGUAGAUCCCUUCCUCCUGCCCUCCUGCCUCCUGCAAGCAGCCCUGCCUGCGGUCCAAGCCAGCCAGUUAAAGGGUUAACCAUAGCUGGAUGCCUGAAUGGCUGCCUUACUGAUCCCACGGAGGAGCAGAGGGAUGAGGACUCGCCUGGGCUGCCUGUCUCACAAAUCAGACUCAUAUAAUGAUUUCACAGCUAUUCUUCCGGACAAGCCCAACCGGGCUUUGAAAAGACUGUCAACAGAAGAAGCUACAAGAUGGGCAGACUCUUUUGAUGUCCUUUUGUCCCAUAAAUACGGGCUGGCGGCUUUCCGUGCUUUCCUGAAGACAGAGUUCAGCGAGGAGAACCUGGAGUUCUGGCUGGCCUGCGAGGAUUUCAAGAAGACGCGCUCGGCGGCCAAGCUGGCCUCCAAGGCCCAGCGCAUCUUCGAGGAGUUCAUCGACGUGCAGGCCCCGCGGGAGGUGAACAUAGACUUCCAGACACGGGAGCUGACCAGAAGAAAUGUGCAGGAGCCCUCCCUGUCUUGCUUUGACCAAGCUCAGGGGAAGGUGCACAGCCUGAUGGAGAAAGACUCGUACCCCAGGUUCCUGAGAUCCAAAAUUUACACAGACCUGCUGUCUCAGACCCAGAGGAGGCUCAGCUAGGACAGCCACGGGGCUCUCAGAAACCACGUGCUUCCCACAACAGCCAAAACCCAUGUUUAAAUGUGAAACUUUCUCGGUGUUAAAAGCAGUGGGAAUGGGAAAAGAGGGAGAAGGGGCAGAGGAAGCUUCCAGAGAGUGAUCCAGGCGUGGUAUUAAGACUCUUUGACUAUCUGUGCUUUUUUUUUUUUUUUUGUUUUUUUUUUUUUGUUAGCAGUAGCACCUUGCAGUCGUUCCCUCUGUCUAGCACAAACCCACAACCCUCUGGAGUCACGGGGUCACCUGUGGGCAAGGCAGGUUCCCUUUAAAAUGGCUGGGCUGGUUUGUGUGUAAAUAACACCCCUCCAUCCUUCCACCCAUCUCGCUGUCUCUCACCUCUCCCUUGUGCUCAGGAGGGCCCCAAGGGCAGUGAGGCCACAUCCAGGCCACCUCUCACACUGCUGGGGUCUGGACCAGACACUGAGGGGAGGCAGAGAGCAGACAAAGGCACAGGGUUAAUUCUCUUUCUUGAAGUGGAAACCAUCAGCAAACUUAGCUUACCUCCCCAUUUAUUCUGCACCCCUUAUGGCUUGGCUGCCACCCUGUCACUGCCCCCUUUCCUUCAGGGAUGGAGGCUCAGAGUAUUCCCCAGGAGCUGAGCUUUCCUCAUGAGGAAGGUAAUCCCAAAAGCUCUCACUAGGCCUGGGCAGGCAAGUCUUCUAAUGUGAAUGAUUGUUUUUCGUGGCUGUUAUUUAUUUGUGUGGUAGCUCAGUCUCAGCCGUCAUUCAGGCUCUGUUGUGCUGGGCACUGGACCAAAGCCUAGCACAAAGGGGCUCCAGGCUGCCACAGGCUUGGUGGCUCCUCAGGAAGGACCUGGUGGGAGAGAGGGAAUGUCCCUUCUGGCCCUUGCUGAGGUGUAGGAAAAGCACAAGGCCCGUCUGCCACAGCAGAUGGCAUUUUUCAUGGGGUACCUGGCCAGCAAGGUGACAAAUCCCAUUUCUAUUUUUGUUAUUUCCCUUUUACUGACUGUUCCCACUCACCGAGUGUCCACUGUGGGUUCGGUGCCCUGCAAAGAGUUCCCCAAGACAUAGUAAUAAUUCCUUCCAUCUGAUGGCCCCAUUUCCACGGCACUGCUGCUCCAGCUUGGCAGAUUCUUGCAAUAUUUUUCAGGGGAGAAGCAGACAGCCUGUCUGUGGAUUUGAGCCGGCAGACCAGAGGUCUCUUUUCUUAAUUUAAUGAAGGCCUGGAAAGUGACCCCAUGGAUCUUUUUCUUGUCUCAGUCAUCCCCAGACCAGAGGCUGUAAACCUCUGCUCCAGCCGAGGGUGGUGGGUGUCUUUGAUACAUCAGAAAACUGCUGAUGGAGACUUUGUGUAAUGUGGUGUAUGAGGCAGAACAAAGUCUAAAGCCAAGCAAAAUGUUUUUGGAACAAGAUAAAAAAAAGUCUGGUUCGAUAUUAAAAAUUACUGUCCAUCAAUUAAGUAGGAAAUAGCUUUUUGAGGGUUUUUGUAAGGAUGAUAUGUAGGACAGUAGGACAAAUAGGAUCAAGACAGAGGUGGUAACCAUGCUGGAUUUAUUUUGGAGGUGUAUUCCUGUGGUCUCCAGGACACUGAAGUCUAAAUUGCAAUUGCGAACUUUAUGUUCAGUAGGGAAACCUGCUUUUCAGUGCCUGGUUGGCCAGCAGCAAAAUCCUCCAGGUCUUUGGAAGGCAAAUCCCAUCUCCAGUUAAAUUUCCCCGAGGAAAGGCCAGAAAGAGCAGCAAUGACCCAGUGUUCUGGCUGUCCCCUGCCCCUUCAAGGACACCUGAGGAGCAGGGGCUGGCCUGGGGUGACAGAGGUGACAUUAUGCAACCACACCAGGCUCAGUGACACAGCUUCUGGGACUGCUGAGGCCCCUCUUGGGAGACAAGAGACACAAAGCUCACGUUCUGGACGUGGCACAGUUGGACACAAACUUUUUGCUGCUUGCUCAAAAGGGGGAGCAGUGAGGGGCAUCUGGAAAAUGCUCCAGACUUGCCAUGAUUUCCCCAAGGGGACCAGAUCAUGCAGGAGCUCAGUGUCCCAAAGCUUUGUGGCAAGCAAGGCACAGUGAGAGAGGUCUGGUGAACCUGUGCAAUGCAUGGAAGGAAUCAGAGGUGGAAGCAAAGGACACAGAGACACACACCCAGUGGCUGUGCCUGGUGCUGCCUGAGCUGUAGGAAGGUGUCUUGGUUUGAAAAGCCAGGUGUCUGCUAAGGAAGGCAGGAACCUCCCCUGAAAUGGAAAAUGUAAACCCCCUCCCUCUGAAUUAUUGUAAUUUUGAAAUUAAGGGGCUCUCAGGCAAAGAUAUGGGAGCAGGAAUAACAGUUCUUUAUUAAGAAAAAUAAAAAUAGAAAUGCAAUAGUACAAACGAAAAAUACCCCCAAAAAAACCCACAGCCAGAGUCAGAGCAGGAGCUGACCCUGUGGGUCAGGGUGGUGGCACAGUCCCGUCCCAUGGUGGCUCAGCGCUCCUGCAGUGCCAGCUGUGCUUCUGCUGGAGCAGGGAUCCUGCACAAGGGGGGAGUUUUCCUCUGCAGCUCCAGGGCUGCUGGAGAUGGGCCUGCUCUUCCUCUGGGAAUGCAGGGCAGGAGAAAGCUGCUCCUCUGGGAAUGCAGUGGGCAAAGGCUGCUGUGGCGUCCCAAAAUCUCAGAUUGUAUCCAGGUAGGAAUGCUUGGCUCCUCCCCUGGGCAGAGCAUCUCCCCGUGGGAUGAUAGAAUUUUAUCAGCCAUGCAAGGACACUCACUGGCCCAUGAACAGAAGAUAAUUAAUAAUUAAUGUCCCAUGAACAGCAGAAAUCUCCUGGAGGGAGGAUUGGUUGUGGGAGAGAUAAAGAAAACUGCCCCAUGAACAGCAGAGAACUGCCCCAGCUCUGAAGAUGGCAAUAGAACACAUCCCAGACACAUCAUCCAAGACAGAAGGAGUCAUAUCACCCCCACAACCCCUGCCUGGGGUAGGGAGCAAGAAAGACAAACCCUGCAGUGACACACUCAGGGCCUGACCUGCAAGGGAGGAUGGAAAUCUUCCCUCUCUGGCUGUGAGCAGAGGCUGGAGGAACUCCCCUUUCCCAGAAAUGCUGUCUGCCACCCCUGUGAAACACAGGACAGACUGGGAUCCCCAGGGACACAGGCUCCUUUUGCAGUUUCCUCUCCCAUCUGGGUCACCAAAAACUGAUGGGGAGUGGCUGCCUAGAACAGAAGCUGGACAGAGUUAAGAGGAUAAAGUGGUUAUUUAUUAAAGGCAUUCAAUAGGCACACCUUGGGCAGUCAAAGCCUCCCAGAGGCUACACCCAAGAUGGACAAUGGUCAUGAAUUUUUCAGACAAUUAUAAGUUUGAUCCAUUUACAUAUCAGGGGUUAAUCCUCCAAUUACAGCUUCAGGUAAUGAAAUAAUUUACCCCCAGUUUGCUCCCCACCCCCAAUUCACUUUUGUUUAUCCUUUUUGGGCCCUGAGGCUGUAAGGUGGUUUUGGAUCACAGGCCCAGAGGGAUUGUUUUGUCUGACCAAAAUGUGGAGAGAAUUAACUGCACCUUAUAUGGAGUUUAGAGCUAUGCACUAAUACAGUGUAGGACUUGAAAAAUCCAAAAGCUAAAAUCUUAAGGCAUCAGCCUGUGGUCCCAGUUUUACUCCCUGCUGCCAAAGAUCAGCUCAGCUUUCCAGCACUGUGGCAUCAAACAAAUGCUGCCAGUGGUGAACGAGGCCACCUUGUCUGGCCCUGCCUUCCUCCUUUCCACCCUCCUCUUGCCUGUACAUACAAAAAAAGCCUCCCAGAGCUGCCCAGGAUGUGAGAGCCAGCAGAAGGAGGCUGAAGCAGUCACUGCUUUUAGAGAGAAGGCAGAAAGCCAUGACAACUCUCCAGACACACCUGAGUGGGCUUGGCUGGGCUCUAGUGCCAGCUGAGGCACCCCAGACAAGGCUCUGCAGCACCCUGGGGAGGGUCACAGAGACAGCCAGGACAGGGGACACAGCAGGAACCAGAGGCUUGUGUCCAGGAAUGUGAUGGGGACAAUCCCCAGGCUCCCCUGGUGUCCAGAGUGUGACUCCCUGCUCCUGUCCAGAGUGUGACUCCAUCUCUCCACGAGAUGCUCCAGCAGUGUUGGUGCUGGAAGUCCUUUCAUUUCACAUCAGAGCUCAUGGGAAAACUUCAAAGUGGCCAACACCCUGCAAAUCCAAGCUCCCUUCUCUCCUCCAUCCACCUGGGGAAUUGCUUGGAGCAGGGCACACCUGCAGAUGUCAUUGCUGCAGUGUGACAGGAGCUGGAAUCAGGCUGGCUGAUGUAGGAGAGGUGUUUUCCCCAGCAAACUGAGCCCCAGUAAAUUGUUCCCUCCACUGGGAACAGCAUCCUAGAACACAGAAUGGAGCAAAAGUAUUGUCUGGGGCAUUUGAGUCUACCACUCCUUGUUUGUGUUGCUGCUCUUGCAGUUUGUCUCUCUGGAAGGAAAGCAGACUAGUUAUUUAAAGUAAAAUUCUAUUUUUCUUAAACAAGAAAAUGGCACCAGCUGCUUCUUUUAUGACAAAUGCUCUGAAUUGAAUCAAAAUAAGCAGCUUGUAGUUCUACCCCUCAAACCAGGGGCUGAUCAAGGAAAUAAAGACUGAGCCAAAGCUUUGGAAAGAGCUGAGUGGUGACUAAUUCCCACCAAGGGCAAAUAUCCUAUCCUUGAUUCAUCUCUUCCUGGUGUGAAAGGAAUACUCACAACCUACAAACCCAUUUCCCUCUCCACAAGCACACACGUCCAAAAUUUUCCUCCUGUUUGGAGCAACGUUAAAAUGUGCCAUCACAUGAAGAGGGGGAAAAAAAUUGGUUCACUCAGUUCUUUUUAUUCUGUUUGCUGGCUCAUACCCAGUCAGCUCCCAGGUAGAUUGAUGGCAGAAGGGAAAAAGAGUUUAUAAAUUUCCUUUUCUAUGAGCUUCAGGUGGUUAUGUUAACUCCAGGGUCAGAUGCAGAACUCUAAUCUGUGUAAAGUUUCUCCUGCUUUGGUCCACCAGCCAGGCUUGGGAUGAUUUCCACCACUUUUAGUGGACUCAUUGAUGCACCAAGGGGUCCCUGCUGCCCGUGCUGGGGAGGUGUGAAGGGCAAAGGGAGGGGGAAAUUGCUGUGUGUGUCUGGGGGUGUGGGUGGAUGAGAGUGCAUGUGACUUCAUCUGUAUCUUAUUUAGUGUCCUCUACUACAGAAGCUUUCCUGAGACAUAGAUGUGCAUGUUAAAAUAGGAGAAUUAGGCACAAAUGACAUAAACUGAGAUCUUUAGCCAGUGUUGUGUUUGCCUCGUGUGUAAGUCCAAGUAGUAGUAAGAGAUGUAAAACUCUGCUAGGUUUCCAGUUACCCCUAAGAGCACAUGUAUCAAACUGAACUGAAUGUUCACUGAUAGACACAAAACCAAAAUGUUUACAGCAUUCAGAGCAAUAGCAAAGCAUACCUCAUGCCAGUCCUGAGUGCCUCUCACCUGUCAGUGCAAGCUCUCCCCUCCCUGGGGGCCUCUGGCUUCUCCCUCAAAACUCCUCUCUCCUUCUCUGUCCUGUCCUGGUUGUCUUCCCUCCUCCUCCUUGAAGCACUCCAAACCUUCCUGUCCACCAGCACUGUUUGUCCUCAUCUGUCUGAGCCUGGGAUUCCCCUAACCUUCCCCUGCUUGCCUCUCCUCCAUCCCUCCUGUCCUCUUUGCCUUUCCUUUCCCCAGGCACUCAUCUCUGGUCAUGCCAUCUCCCUCCUACACUCCUCCUACUGCCACUGUAAAGCUCCUAGGAGCUCUUCCCUGCCCGUUAUAUAAGAACAAAACGUUUCACAUAAUUUCUGCAUUAUCUUUCAUCCCUGGGGCUGCUGCAAUUGUCUCUUUCCUUGGUGCUGUGCUCUCUCUGGCAUCGUAGCAUUAUAUCCCAGAACUGGAAUUAAAGUUCAUUUUGCUGCUAGACCAGAAUGCUUCUGUCUACCACGCACCCCUUGGGCUUUGCAGAGGCUCAUCUUGUCCCCAAGUCUUUUGUCUUCCUUCUUUUUCUCCUUCUUCCAUGCAGGCUGCACAUGCAGUGCUUGUGGCAGGGGCUGGCUGGGGUAGAGGGUGUCCGUGCUGGGGUCACUCACAGCUGGGCACCCCCGUGGCUCCCUGCUUUACAAAAGUAGUCUCAAUAAAGGUGUGUGGGUUGCAUUUGCUCAGCAAAGUCAGUCAUUGUGCUCUGUGCCUCCUCCUGGCUUUACAGGAGGACGUGUGUCUAAUCUGAGACUGCGGUGAACUCAGCGGGAGUUCAGGGAGCCGAGGCCGUGGGAGGGAGGUGGCAGAGGGGGAUGAGCUUGUUACCAAAAACAUCCAACAUUCCUGGCAAAAAGGCACCGGAGAAAAGGCAGUGCCUGCUUCUGGAGAGGCCAGGGAGCUCUGGGGACCAGCUGUGCUGUGAAUUGUUUGUCUCAAGCAGCCCCACACCUCCCAGUCUGCCUCACGUGCUGCGUGCCCCGGGCUGGCUCUGAAACAUGACGGAUGAGGAGCUGCUCAGCUUUGCAUUUCCAGUGUAGGUAACAGCGUUAUCCCCAGAGAAAUGUCUUCAUGUUGCUCUAUCAGUGCCUGCAGCCACCAGCUGAAAAGCAGAGAGGGGAAGGAGGCACCUUCUGCUGUGUUUCCUCCUGCAGACCUCUGUAGGACUCCUGGCAGCGAAGAGAGCAGGGUACGAGCACACCCUGGGGUAGAUCCCCCUCCCUAAGAGCCACGACUGAAGAUCUCAUCUUCUCAUAACCUCUCCCCCCAGCUCCUCUGUGAGUAACCCAAACCAGAGCUCAGAUUUGUCCUUAAGCUCCUUGGCACCUCCACUUUGCUGGGAUGGCAGUGUCCCCUUGAGGACCUGACUACAAACCCACACGCCCAGCAAGGCUGCUUGAAAUAACAAAGAUAUCUGGUUCCUCUGCAAAUCAGCUCGUGGGUGGCUCAGGAGAGACUGAGGAUGGCUCUGCUGCACGCAGUGAACUCAGAAGUGAGCCACCAGGCAGAAAGAACAGCUCCAAAGUGCUUCCCUGGGCAACGCUUUUAUUUCCAGGAGAUCCCGCUGCCGCAGCUGCCGCCCCUGCGGUGCCCAGGUGCUGCUGGUGUUGGGGCAGGCCUGGCAGGCUGUUCAGUCUGAUCCCUUCCCUCUCAAGGAAAGGCAUGGGCUCGGCUCCCUGGGCUCCCCUGCAUUAGCUGCUUGUUUGCUAGGCUCCCCUUCUUCCCUGAGAAGCCACGCCGCAAAUCCCGCACCGAGCCGUGUCACCACGCUGUGCAGUGUCACACCCGUGCUGUAUAGACACCCUGAGGACGUAAUAAACAGCCUGAGACUAUU